AUGGUUGAAGAGCAGCAGGGCUUCUCAGCUAAAGAAUGCCUUUAUGCUGAAGUCAGCACUGCUCUGGCAGCAGAGGAGAGUCUCAGCCUGUUCUCCGGUGCUGAUGGAGGACUGGAAUUUGGGCAGUACCACCCCUACACUGGUGAUCCUGAGUGCUGUAAGAAAUCAGGCUUCCAUCUGAGCGGCACAGUAACUGAACCGGCCACUGCUUCUGAACCAGCAGUGACUUACAAAGUUGCAAUCAGUUUUGAUAGAUGCAAAAUCACUUCCGUGACUUGUGGCUGUGGGAAUAAGGACAUAUUCUACUGUGCUCAUGUAGUGGCACUCUCACUCUACAGGAUCCGUAAACCAGACCAGGUCAAAUUGCGUCUUCCUAUCUCAGAAACCCUUUUCCAGAUGAAUAGGGACCAGCUACAGAAGUUUAUUCAGUAUUUAAUCACAGCACACCACACCGAAGUUCUUCCUACUGCACAAAAGCUGGCAGACGAGAUUCUGUCGUCCAACUCAGAAAUCAACCAAGUGAAUGGCGCCCCUGACCCCACAGCGGGGGCCAGCAUCGAUGACGAGAACUGUUGGCACCUGGAUGAAGAACAGGUGAAAGAACAAGUGAAGCUCUUUCUCUCCCAGGGGGGUUACUAUGGCUCUGGGAAGCAGCUCAAUUCCAUGUUUUCCAAGGUUCGAGAGAUGCUUCGGAUGAGAGAUUCCAAUGGAGCCAGGAUGCUGACACUUAUAACGGAGCAGUUUAUGGCCGAUCCCCGCCUCACACUCUGGAGGCAACAGGGAACAAGCAUGACAGACAAGUGCAGGCAGCUCUGGGAUGAGCUGGGGGCUUUAUGGGUAUGCAUAAUUUUAAAUCCGCACUGCAAACUGGAAGAAAAAUCCUGUUGGCUACAACAGCUGCAGAAGUGGAACGACUUGGAUAUCUGUCCCCUGGAAGAUGGAAACUAUGGGCAUGAACUGCCCAACAUUACCAAUGCACUUUCUCAGAGUGUCAGCCACAGCCCAGACUCUUUAUCCAGACCAAGACGAACAGUCUUCACUAGAGCCAUUGAAGGCCGUGAAUUACAUUGGCAGGACAGCCACCUACAACGGAUAAUCAGCAGUGAUAUCUAUACAGCUCCUGCCUGCCAGCGGGAAAAUGAGCGACUACUCUUUAAUUCCCAUGGCCAGCCACUGUGGCUUGAGCAUGUGCCUACAGCCUGUGCUCGGGUUGAUGCGCUGCGAUCUCAUGGGUAUCCAAAAGAGGCUCUCAGACUCACAGUGGCCAUCAUCAAUACUCUGAGGUUGCAGCAGCAGCGGCAGCUAGAAAUCUACAAACACCAGAAGAAAGAAUUAUUGCAGAGAGGAACCACAACAAUCACAAACCUGGAGGGCUGGGUGGGCCACCCCCUGGAUCCCAUUGGCUGCCUGUUUCUCACUUUGACUGAGGCCUGCCGCCUGAAUGAUGACAGCUACAUGGAAAUGUCAGAUAUGAAUGAAAGCAGACUACCUGUGUACCAGCAUGUACCUGUGGCUUCAGGCUGCCCAAAUAGCAAUGAGUCGUACCUGUCAUUGGCCCUGGAAGUUGCUCUGAUGGGCAUGGGUCAACAGAGGGUAAUGCCCGAGGGCCUCUAUGCACAGGACAAGGUGUGCCGUAAUGAGGAGCAGCUUCUAAGCCAACUCCAGGAACUGCAGCUGGAUGACGAGCUGGUACAGACAUUGCGGAAACAGUGCAUCUUGCUGCUGGAAGGAGGCCCCUUCAGCGGUCUAGGAGAAGUUAUCCACCGGGAGAGUGUCCCUAUGCACACCUUUGCCAAGUAUUUAUUCUCAGCUCUGCUGCCUCAUGAUCCAGACCUGUCCUAUAAGUUAGCCUUACGAGCCAUGAGGUUGCCUGUUCUAGAAAACUCAUCUUCUGCAGGCGACACUUCCCAUCCGCAUCACAUGGUGUCUGUGGUGCCCAGCCGCUAUCCUCGGUGGUUCACACUCGGACAUUUGGAAUCACAGCAGUGCGAACUAGCCUCUACCAUGCUGACUGCUGCCAAAGGGGAUACUCUGAGGCUCCGAACUAUUCUGGAAGCAAUACAGAAGCACAUUCAUUCUUCCUCCCUCAUCUUCAAGCUGGCUCAAGAUGCAUUCAAGAUUGCUACUCCCACGGACAGCAGCACAGACAGCACUCUGCUCAAUGUGGCCCUGGAACUGGGGUUACAGGUAAUGCGGAUGACCUUAUCAACCCUUAACUGGAGGCGCCGAGAGAUGGUUCGAUGGUUGGUUACUUGUGCUACAGAAGUGGGUGUUCGGGCCCUGGUGAGCAUCUUGCAGAGCUGGUACACACUCUUCACCCCCACCGAAGCUACAAGUAUUGUGGCCGCCACAGCUGUAUCCCACACCACUAUCCUGCGCCUCAGUCUUGACUACCCACAGCGGGAGGAACUGGCUAGCUGUGCUCGCACACUGGCCCUGCAAUGUGCUAUGAAGGAUCCACAGAGCUGUGCCUUAUCAGCUCUUACACUCUGUGAGAAAGACCACAUUGCCUUUGAGGCAGCCUACCAGAUUGCCAUUGAUGCUGCUGCUGGUGGCAUGACUCAUUCACAGCUGUUCACUAUUGCCCGCUAUAUGGAGCUCCGUGGCUACCCGCUGCGUGCCUUCAAGCUGGCCUCACUGGCCAUGAGCCAUCUUAACCUGGCCUAAAACCAGGAUACCCAUCCAGCCAUCAACGAUGUGCUCUGGGCUUGUGCCCUCAGCCACUCUCUGGGCAAGAAUGAACUGGCAGCUCUCAUCCCCCUGGUGGUGAAGAGUGUGCACUGUGCCACAGUGCUUUCCGAUAUCCUACGUCGGUGCACAGUGACUGCACCAGGCCUAGCAGGGAUCCCAGGCCGCCGCAGCUCUGGAAAGCUCAUGUCAACGGACAAAGCUCCACUGCGCCAGCUACUGGAUGCCACCAUCAAUGCCUAUAUCAACACCACACACUCCCGUCUAACACACAUCAGUCCCCGCCAUUAUGGAGAGUUCAUUGAGUUUCUGAGCAAGGCUCGGGAGACCUUCCUACUGCCCCAGGAUGGUCACUUGCAAUUUGCCCAAUUCAUUGACAACCUCAAACAGAUUUACAAAGGCAAGAAGAAGCUGAUGCUGCUGGUUCGGGAGCGCUUUGGCUGA